AGCGCGGCGGGGCGGAGACGCCGCUGGUUCCCGGCUCUCGCCGAGGGACCGUGGGAUGGUGCAGAUGCAGUGAAGUGAGGAGAACGAUUCCAGUGUAGAGCUGCAAACUGACCAUGCAUUGAUGAAGAAGCAGCUGCAUGUACUGACUUUCAGUUUCACGUCCUUAACAUCGGAUUUGAAGUGACAGUGAGAGGAAGCAUAAGGUAUCUCUCAUUCUGCUUGGACUCCUUGUUUACAGAAGAGUGAUGGAGAUGCUAUUAAGCACAAAAGGGAUCACCAUAUGCCUGUUUUUCUUUGUACUGAGUUUGUCAGCAGCUAUUGAAAUACCAUUAUCAGUUGCACAGCUUCCAACAAUCACAGAGCAAUCUCACACCCAGGUGGCCUACCCUUUUGAUGAGGACUUUACAAUUAAAUGUGAAGCUAGAGGAAAUCCACAGCCCAUCUUUAACUGGACGAAGGAUGGAAAACCAUUUGAUUUAUUAUCUGACCCCAGGAUAGUUGUGUCUAACAACUCCGGAACAUUUGUGAUUCAAAACCGUGGAAUCAUCACCAAUUUUCAAGGGAAAUACCGUUGCUUUGCAUCCAAUGUGCUGGGAACUGCCAUGUCAGAGGAAAUUGAGCUAAUUGUUCCAAGUGUACCAAAAUUCCCAAAGGAAAAAAUUGAGCCCCUUGAUGUGGAGCAUGGUGAUUCUGUGAUUUUGCACUGUAACCCCCCAAAAGGCAUCCCACCCUUGCACAUCUAUUGGAUGAAUAUUGAUUUGCAGCACAUUCCACAAGAUGAAAGGGUCUCCAUGAGCCUUAAGGGAGAUCUCUACUUUGCAAACGUGGAGGAAAACGACAGUCGAAGUGAUUAUUGUUGCUUUGCAGCGUUCCCAAGACUGAGGACAAUUGUACAGAAAAUGCCAAUGACACUGAAGGUUUCUCGUUUUAAGCAUGCUAAUGACUCAGGCUCACCUAACGCUGCAGUUACUAAGGCUAAUUUUAUCAAGGAAAGAAAACCCAAACUGCUGAUCCCUCCUGAAUCUGCUGGCAGUAGCUCAUCAGUCACUGUCAUCAAGGGAGGCGUCCUGCUACUCGAAUGUAUUGCUGAAGGGCUCCCAACUCCUCAUCUCAGCUGGGUCAAGGUCACUGGAAACUUGCCCAAGGAUGAACCAGAGACAGAAAAUUUUGGGAAGAUAUUGAAGAUAGAGCAGGUGACUGCAGCUGAUGAAGGAACAUACCAGUGCACGGCAAGCAACCCCAUGGGGAGAGUGAAGCACGAGUUUCACGUUCAUGUGGAAGAGCCUCCUCGGUGGCUAAAGAAGCCCGAAGGUGGUGUUUACAGCUUAGGAACAAACAUGGUGCUGCUGUGCGAAGCCAUUGGCAACCCGGAGCCAAUCAUUACAUGGAAACUCAACGGGAUGCCCAUCGACAGUAGGACCUUCAGAGGGAGAAUCUCUACCAGGGAGAUCAGCCUUACUAACUUGCAGCUCCAGGACAGUGCUGUGUUCCAGUGUGAGGCCAGCAACAAGCACGGCACCAUCCUCGCCAGCGCCAACGUCAACGUCCUCAAUAUUGCUCCCUUAAUACUGACUUCAGAUGGUGAAAACUAUGCUACAGUUGUGGGUUACAGUGCCUUCCUGCACUGUGAAAUUUUUGCCUCGCCUGCAGCAGAUAUUAGAUGGACUAAAGAUGACAGCAUAGAGCCACUUUCAACUUUACGGUAUGAGCUAAGUAAGAAUGGCACCUUGGAGAUCAAAGAAACAAAGAAAGAAGACUCAGGAUCUUAUGCUUGCUGGGCUGCAAACUCUGUUGGAAAAAGAGCAAUCACUGCUAAUCUGGAUAUAAGAGAUGCUACAAAAAUUGUUGUUACUCCGAAGAACCCCCGAGUGCUGAAAUCUCAUUCAAUUUUAUUGAAAUGUCAGUCUGAGUAUGAUUCACACUUGAAACACAGUUUUAAAUUAUCCUGGAGGAAAGAUGGAGAUGAGCUGCCAGUCAACAGCACAGAAGGUGGCAGGAUAAUUCUGGACAAGGACACACUGUUCAUAUCAAGUGUGACACUGGAGGAUCAAGGAUUUUACACGUGUGUGGCCACUACUUCUCUGGACAGCGUCACAGCCACGUCGCAGUUAAUUGUUCUGGAUGUUCCUGAUCCGCCAGAAGACCUUCAGCUCUCAGAAAAUCAAAACCGAAGUGUCCGACUCUCCUGGAAAGCUGGGGCCACUCACAACAGUCCUAUUAAUGAGUCAAUUAUAGAGUUUGAAGAGAACCGGUGGGAGCCGGGGAGGUGGCAGGAGCUGACCCGAGCCCCGGGGAAUGGCACCACAGCCCUUCUGUCACUGGCCCCCUAUGUGAAUUACCAGUUCCGUGUGGUGUCUGUGAACGCUGUGGGAAGGAGCCAGCCUAGCAGAGCAUCCCUGCGCUAUGCCACACCUCCAGCUGCUCCAGACAAGAACCCAGAAAACAUCAGAGUUGAAGCUUCUGAACCAAAUGAAAUGGUGAUGAAAUGGGAGCCAUUGAAGCCCGUGGAGAGGAACGGGCCAGGGCUGGAGUACAAAGUCAGCUGGCGGCAGCGGGGAGUCGAGGCAGACUGGAAUGAGGAGAUGGUGAAGAAGCAUUCUCUGACCCUAAGAAACACUCCCACUUUUGUGCCUUAUGAGAUCAAAGUCCAAGCAGUUAAUAGUUUAGGAUCAGGUCCUGAGCCAAAUGUUACCAUUGGGUAUUCAGGAGAGGAUGUUCCAGACGCGGCUCCUUCUGGUGUCUCGGUGGAUGUUGUGAACAGCACGCUGGUCAAAGUCUUCUGGUUUGGAAUACCAAGGGACAGAGUUCGUGGACAUUUGAGAGGCUAUAAGGUCAGUUGGUGGAAAACAAAAAGCAUGCUGGAUGGAAAAAGGCAUCACCCGGAGAAACACUUCCUGACAUUUGUAGGAGAUAGGAACUAUGGGAUGAUUCCUGGUCUGGAGCCCUUCAGUGAAUUCCACUUGACUGUUUUGGCUUACAAUGGUAAAGGAGAUGGCCCGGAGAGCUCUCCAGUUGUGUUUGAAACUCCGGAAGGAGUCCCUGAACAACCACGCUUUCUAAGAAUCCUGAGCUUUGAUAAGGACUCCAUCACCCUAUCAUGGGGACUUCCCAAGAGAGCAAACGGCCACCUAACUGGCUACAUUUUGCAAUACCAGAUAAUAAAUGAAACACAUGAGUUCGGCCCCGUGAACGACAUCAGCGUCGCCAACCGCUCCACGCUGAGCUGGAGGCUGACAGGUCUCAGCCCCAGCACCAAGUACAAGUUCUAUGUCAAGGCUUGUACAGUCAAAGGCUGUGGGAAGCCAGCCACAGAAGAAGGACUAACAAUGGCUCAAGGGAGUAAAGGGAUCGGCAAGAUUUCAGAAGCAGUAAAGCCCACCCAAAAGUUUCACCCCAUUGAGGCACUUGAGCCUGGAACUGAGUAUACAGUUCGUCUAGUGACUAAGAAUUGGGUUGAUAACAAUAGCAUUUUUGAAGAUGUAAUUGAGACGAGGGGGAGAGCCUAUGCUGGCAUUUACGAUGGAAUUUCCACCCAGGGGUGGUUUAUUGGACUGAUGUGUGCCAUCGCUUUGCUCACCCUGCUGCUGCUAACUGUUUGCUUUGUCAGAAGAAAUAAAGGAGGAAAAUAUUCAGUGAAAGAAAAAGAAGAUUUGCAUCCAGAUCCCGAAGCUCAAUCAAUAAAAGAUGAAAUCUUUGGGGAAUAUAGUGACAGCGAUGAAAAGCCGCUGAAAGGCAGCCUCCAGUCAAUUAACGGGGACAUUAAAGCCACUGAAAGUGCUGAUAGUCUGGUAGAUUAUGGAGAAGGGGAGCAUGGGAUGUUCAAUGAAGAUGGUUCAUUUAUUGGAGCUUAUUCUGGAUCUAAGGAAAAAGGAUCAGUGGAAAGCACUGGGAGUUCUACAGCAACUUUUCCUCUCCACGCCUAAAAACGUUAGCAGGAAUGAUUUGUGUUUAAUUGUGAUAUUUAUCUUGAUUAGUACUCCACAGUUACCACAUGUGAUUGGAAGCAGGUUGCCAAUUGAACCAGGCAGGAACCUGACAUCCAGGUAACACAAAAAGAAGUCACUGCCACUAAAAGAUGAUUGUCCAUCCGAUUUUCUAGGUGUUUCCUUCUAAUUAAAACAUAACAAAUAAUUCCUUACCAUACAAAGUGUCUGACUGAGUCUUACCAAACCAGAAUUGCUCAGUGUUACAUCUGUAUACUGACCUGCUAUGCCAUGUGUUUCUUAGGUUUGGAAUAUGUUUCUCUGUAUGGUAUAUUUUUUCCUGUAUGGCUGUCAUUGCUUUGUACACACAUUUAUAUGUGGUAUCCCUUCAUGUACCGUGGCCUCGGAUUUGUAGAGGUUAUAACAAGACAAGAAAGCCAAACGAAGCCAACAGGUUACUCUGCAAAGUGACACGAUGCAUCCUGCUGAGAAAAAUGGUCUUUUACAAUACUGGAGAAAUAUAUUCUAUAAUUGUUCAUAAAGAAAUAAACUCCUCUGCUUCUGAGACUCUAAAAUGAUAUUAGUAGUUGCAGCUGACUGCAAUUGCCAAUACUUAGAGAUGCAACUUUACCCACAGAAGAAUUGCUCUUAAAAGCCCAAGCUCCGGCCCUGUGGCUGAUCUGCUGCCCAGUAGCUGGCACUAUUUCCUUAACUAAGUUAAGCUGCAGUAACUCCUGUGGCUAGGCAAAACAGGGUUCCCAUCUGCCAUUGUCAGAAAGUGUUUUUGUUUGUUUUCCCAAGUCUCUGCAAGCUGCAUUUCUAAGCAAAAUGCUUGUUGCCUGUCUCAUAUCUGUAUAUUUGUGCGCUAGCCUGCAUUUCAUGGAGACGUUGUACAUAUGAUAUUAAUAUUGACACGAGUGAAUAUCAGCCUUGUUCUGUUUGGAAAUGGGACACGUUGCUAGCAUGAGUCUGUAGAGCUGUGUAGGAAUGAAUAGAAUUGCUUCUCAAUAGGAGUUUGGACUGGCAAAACUAGUUUUCAGAAGGAGUUGUGUGUAGAGCAGUCAUAUACAUCCCACAUCUUUCCAGUACCACGUAAAAGAAACCUACCUGACUUUCAAGAGAUCAUUUCUUUUCAAGCUAUUCGUUGCUAAAUAAACAAAAGUGAAAGCAAAGAGAAAAUAUUAUGAUAUAGUUCCUUCUCUGUUUUGAACACU